AUGCUAAAAAGAAGUUCCCGGAUGCUUACUGCUGUGAGCAGAAACAAAUUAUCAUCUAGGUUUGCCGUUACCUACUACCACAAGACUCCCUUAAGCCAACAACAGAGAGCUACUACAACACCGCAAAAUAAAAUUAAGAGCUUGGAAGAUUUGGUUAAUUUGAAUUCUCUGGAUGGCGUUGAUCCUGAACUAAUACGUAGUCUAAUUAAUGAGCGUACAACAGAAUUGAAUAUUAAGAACGAGUUAGAUAUGCUCAAGAAAUUUUGUAAAGAGGAGAAAACAGUCCACGAAAGCCCAAUGAAGAAAUUCGUCAGGCCUCUUUGGAUGUUCAUAUUGAUGAGCUCCUCUGUAUACUUAUUACUUCAUCUCACGUGGUGGAAAUUAGAACGUGACGAGAGAGAAAGUGAAUUAAAACAAGAAGUAGAAGCCUUGGAGUCCCAACUGAAUAAAUUAAUCAACCAAGAUAAGAAUCACAACAGUAGCAAAGACGACGAAAAUACGGAAUUAUCCGAUGCCAAGCCUUGGUUUAAAAAAUGGUUUUGGUAA